AUGUCUGGCUACGACGGCGGAUACAGCGGCGGCGGUGGCCGCGGAGGAGGUGGCUACGGCGGUGGUGGUUACGGCCGUGAUCGCGGCGACCGUGGUGGUGACCGAGGUGGUGACCGCAAUGGUUACGGCGGUGGUGGCUACGGAGGCCGAGGUAACGGAAAUGGUUACGGCGGCGGCGGCGGAGGAGGUGGUUUCGGAGGCGGCUAUGGAGGAGGUGCUGGCGGUGACCGUAUGGGCGCCCUCGGCGCUGGCCUCAAGAACCAAGAGUGGGAUGUCAACGCCCUCCCCAAGUUCGAGAAGUCUUUCUACAAGGAGCACCCUGAUGUCUCAAGCCGAUCUGACGCUGAAGUGGAAGCUUUUCGCCGCAAGCACCAGAUGACCAUCGCUGGCAAGGAUGUUCCCAGACCCGUCGAGACAUUCGAUGAGGCUGGUUUCCCCAGAUAUGUCAUGGAUGAGGUCAAGGCGCAGGGCUUCCCUGCCCCUACUGCUAUUCAGUCUCAGGGUUGGCCCAUGGCCCUUUCCGGUCGUGAUGUCGUUGGUAUUGCCGAGACAGGCUCCGGAAAGACUCUUACGUAUUGUCUCCCCUCCAUUGUCCACAUCAACGCUCAACCUCUCCUUGCUCCUGGCGACGGCCCUAUUGUUCUCGUCCUUGCCCCUACUCGUGAACUUGCUGUUCAGAUUCAGGAAGAGAUGAAGAAGUUUGGCCGAUCUUCUCGCAUCCGAAACACUUGCGUUUACGGUGGUGUCCCUAAGGGUCCUCAGAUUCGCGAUCUCUCUCGAGGAGUUGAAGUCUGCAUUGCCACUCCUGGUCGCUUGAUUGACAUGCUUGAGGCUGGUAAGACUAACUUGCGUCGUGUCACUUACCUCGUUCUCGACGAGGCUGAUCGCAUGCUUGACAUGGGUUUCGAGCCCCAGAUUCGCAAGAUUAUUGGCCAGAUUCGACCUGACCGACAAACUCUGAUGUGGUCCGCUACUUGGCCCAAGGAGGUCCGCGCUCUGGCUUCCGACUUCCUCCAGGACUUCAUUCAGGUCAACAUUGGUUCCAUGGAGCUUGCUGCCAACCACCGUAUCACACAAAUCGUCGAGGUUGUCACAGACAUGGAGAAGCGAGACCGCAUGAUCAAGCACCUUGAGAAGGUUAUGGAGAACAAGGAGAACAAGAUCCUCAUCUUCGUCGGUACAAAGCGAAUUGCCGACGAAAUCACUCGAUUCCUCCGCCAGGAUGGAUGGCCUGCGCUCUCCAUUCACGGUGACAAGCAGCAGAACGAGCGUGAUUGGGUGCUUGACCAGUUCAAGACUGGAAAGUCCCCCAUCAUGGUGGCUACUGACGUAGCCUCGCGUGGUAUCGAUGUGCGCAACAUCACUCAUGUGUUGAACUACGACUACCCCAACAACUCGGAGGACUACAUUCACAGAAUUGGUCGUACCGGCCGUGCUGGUGCCAACGGUACCGCUAUCACCCUUUUCACUACUGACAACCAGAAGCAGGCCCGUGAUCUUGUCAAUGUUCUCCAGGAGGCCAAGCAGCAGAUUGACCCUCGCCUUGCUGAGAUGACUCGAUAUGGCGGCGGCGGUGGUGGACGCGGCUACGGUGGAUGGGGACGUGGUCGCGGCGGUGGUGGUGGUAGAGCCAACGCCAACAACCAGCCCAUCGGCAACCGUAACCGUCGGUGGUAA